GACGAUGUUGAAAAAACGUUUGGCCCGUAUCAGGGGUGUUUUUCGUUUCUGCAUCGACGGCGUUUACACAUCGGAUACUCUCCAGUUUCUAUUUGAAGGGAGGUCGUACGGUUUUGCCCUCAAAGAACAUGGCGAGCCGUGCGCAUGCGCAACCUCUACAUUAAAAAAAAAAAAAAAAAAACAUCUCCACGGGCAUCUCGCGGUGACCUGGUGUUCCGAAUAACAUACCGUGGACAGAUUCAGGGUGUUGGAUGAUGGCAUCCGGAGGUAUGAUGCAGGCAGCGAUGCUCCUGCUGGCGGCCCAGCUCGUCCUGUGCCGCGGUGGUGCUGCGGAUGUGGACCGGGAGACCGGGACGGUCAUCCCCGCGGAAAGUCGCCCGUGCGUCGACUGCCAUGCGUUUGAGUUCAUGCAGAGGGCCCUGCAGGACCUAAAAAAGACCGCUUUCAACCUAGACGCCAGGACGGAGACGCUGGUGCUGAGGGCGGAGAGGAGGGCUCUUUGCGACUGCAUGCCCAGCUCGCUGCGUUGAAACCUCACAACACGGACGACUCUUCCAAAGUACUCAUGUACAGCGAUUUUUGACUCCCAACACAGUGGACACUUUAGCUUACGCUCUUCUCAUGUUCGUAGACCAGUUUGCUUGGAAAUGUUUUUUUUUUUUCAACACAAAACACGGAAUUGAAUGACAUGUUUGUUUGUUUGUUUUGAGCAAGAAAACUUGAGAGAGAAGCCACUCGUAUUUGUUGGGCUUUCCUUAGCACAGCACUGUAGCAUGAAUCCACAGCACCUUUUUGUAAACGUAGAGUGUAUGUCUAGAUUUGAUGGUGAUAUAAGAAGUGAUAUGCCACUACUGUCGACCCACAACGUACUGUAAACAUUCGCAGGCGGUACUUAAAGAUUUUGGAAUGGAGGCAAAUGUGACAAGUGUGUGUUACUGUUACUGUUAUAUGUAGGCCGGUGUACAAAUCGGGAAAACGUGAAUAUUUCGUGCUUGCGAUGUUUCUGUGUGGCCAAAUAAAACGUGUGUUCUUACUGUA